GUACCAACGUGGCUUUAAGGCCCUUCAGUGAAAAAAAAAAUCCAUAAUCCAUAAAACCCAUAAAUAUUCAAACACAAAAAAAAAGCCCAAAUCGGAAACCAUAAAAAUGAAAGGAAAAAAGAAAAAUGGAAAACGAUUAUACAGUUUAUAGUAGUUAGAACAGGGAGUCGUCGACGACACAGUCACGGGGCUUAUCGGCAAAAUUUUCGCCUUUUGGAAAGCUUUUUGUUCCCCAACUUGGGAUAAUCCACAAUUGGAUUGGCUUCUUAUCCAUUUCCCAAGCAUUAAUUUCAACGGAUAACCGUUUUACCCACUCGCCAUGCUCCUUGAAGGUAAAGUCGUAUUGUAGUUUUCAUGGGGUUUCGGGUUUUGGAUAUGCUACUUUGAGCUACGAAGUGAGCUUAUCUGGUUUUAGAUGUUUUAUGGGUUCGGUAUUCUGAAGCUUAGAUUUUUAAGGGUUGUGUGAAAUUUUUCUGUUUCGGGUUAAGAUUGGUUAGGGUUAUUGGUGAAAAAAGUUUGGGGAUUUUGAAUGGGAAGGUAAAUCUGAAAGGAAAAAGAAGUUUCUUUACUGGUAUUUGAGUGAUUGGCACGUGAUUUUCUUCUGGUUAAUUCUACCAGUUCGGGAAAGUAGCUCUUGUUUAGAAAUAUAUUGGGUAAGUGGGAAAGAUUGUUUGGGUUGAUUGUGGCACUGUGGAGACAGUAUGAUGUCUGUGGAGAGAUCUUUUGAAGCAUGGGAAGAGGUGCAAAGGCACGGUCAAGAUUUAGCUGAUAAGUUAGCUCAAGGAUUCACUGGCUUGAUUCAGUCUCACAUCACGCCGCCACAGUUCCCGUGGCCUAAUGCUCAGCCACCAAAGCUGUUUGAAAUGGAGUUCCCAGCUCAGAAUUUUGUGAAAAAGGAUUUUGGACUGGCUGUGGAUAGUUCAGCUAUCAAUGGUGUUUCUGCUAUUUUUGAUAUCGGGAAUAAAAUUGGGCAGGCUGGGGUUGACCUUGGGGCUUGUGUCAAUGGUAUGGUACAACAAUUUUUUAGGAGGUUGCCUGUACCUUUCCGGCAUGAUGAAAAUGUUGGGGUAUCCUUGCGGUCGGAGGCUAACAUGCCGAGGAAUGAUAUUGGUAUUACUUUGGGAGAGGACUUGGGAUCAUUGGCUGAGCGCUUUAGGGAUUAUGGUUACACAGAUAACAAAUUGGUUUUGGAUUCCACUGAUGAAGAAAAUGGUGGCACAGAUGCAAAGGCAUCAAGGCUCUUCGGAAGAUCACAGGGUACCAUUAAUCUUACAUCAACAUAUGAGAGUAGAACACGGACUGUUGAAAGUAUGCUGGUUGCCCGAGGAGACUUAUGGAGAGUAGAGGCAUCUCAAGGUGGUACUACAUCCGGCAGCGAGAACUCAUCCCUGUUUCUUGUCCAGCUUGGUCCUGUUCUCUUUGUUCGGGAUUCCACCCUGCUUUUGCCUAUUCAUUUGUCUAAACAACACUUGCUUUGGUAUGGUUAUGAUCGAAAGCACGGAAUGCAUUCUCUAUGUCCAGCUAUGUGGUCGAAACAUAGGAGGUGGCUGUUGAUGUCAAUGAUCUGUCUCAAUCCUAUGGCUUGUUCAUUCAUGGACCUACAGUUUCCAAAUGGCCAAAUCACGUAUGUGGCCGGUGAGGGUGUAUCGACCAGUGCCUUUUUACCUUUGUGCGGUGGUCUUCUUCAAGCCCAGGGUCAAUAUCCAGGAGAAAUGAGGUUUAGUUUCUCUUGUAAGAACAAGAUGGGGACCUGUAUUACGCCUAUGGUACAGUGGCCUGAUAAAUCAUUCUCCCUAGGGCUUGCACAAUCUUUAGCUUGGAAAAGAUCUGGUUUGAUGGUCAGGCCCACUGUCCAAUUCAGUUUGUGCCCAACAAUUGGUGGAAGCAAUCCUGGGUUGCAAGCAGAACUCACACAUUCUCUGAAGGAGGAAGUAAGCCUUACCUGUGGCUGCUCACUUGUUGCUCGUCCCACAGCAUUUGCCUCGCUAUCUGUAAUUUAUUCCUACCUCUUUUUUUUUUUUCCUACCCCUUACAAUUUGCUGUAUAAGUUCCUUUUGUGUGGAUAAUCCAUAUUUCAUUGUUGAUAAGGUUUUAUUUACUGUAAAAUGCAAAUGCCUGUAGUGAGGGUUUGUUUCUAGUCUGAUUAGAUUGUACAACGGGGUAAGGUUUUUAGCAAUGCAAAAUCCACUGGGAAGAGGUGUUAUAUUUUAGGACUACGUUCUAAACAGCUGUUGUCUGUAGAAGUAUGAAGUCUAUCCAAGCCUUCAACUUUGUUGAACGGAAUUCAUGCUUGGCAUAUUUCUCUCUCUAUAAACAUUUAUUUGGCCUUGUCUUAUGUCUGAUAUUAGUUUGAUGGAAGCCCCAAAAAGAAAGUUAGAACUCUGUACUCUGGAGGACUUAAGUGUUCGCGAGAUCUCCAUUAAGAUUUCUGACUUGACAAAAAAUAUAGUUCCUUCUGCUAAUCUUUUCUUUUCUUUUGUGAUGAACGCAGUUGGGCAGGUCAAAAUGGAAUGGAAAUGUCGGGUGCUCUGGUGUGGUUGUCAAAGUUGAAGCUCCUCUGGGAGAUGUAGGCAGGCCAAACUUGUCUGUACAGUUUAAUAGUGGAAUUGAAAUAUGAUACUUGUUGCAAUUCCUGUAAAAAUUUUGUAUAGUUUCUGGGUUUUCCUUCCUUCUGUCCAUGACUGAGUCUGACCCUGUGCUUUGGCCCCUAACCAUGAAUUGUUAGAAGAAAGAGUAGAAUACUGUUUAAGUCAUUUCUAUACAUUGUAAAAUUCCGCAAGAAUAUUGUUCAAUGUUCAUAAUAUAAAAUCGUUGGCAAAAGUGUACUAAUAAGAAUCAAUCAAGAAUUAUCAUUAUUGGUGGCCAGCGUUGGAAGGAAUUCUUAUCAAGUUUGGAUCAGGGCGGUGGAGACAACACCAAAAUCUAGUUCACUCGCUGUCUUACAUUUUAUAUAUAAGGAUUGCAAGUAACUAAGUAAAUUUCUG